GUGCGGGGCAACACCGCUCCGUCCGCGUCGCGGCCACGUCACGCUAUCGUGAGGAGUGCAGUGAUAGUUCAAAUAAGUGCUACACGUUCAUGCAUGCCUGGUACUUUAAUUAAUUAUGAGUUGAAACGUGAAGGGGCGUGAUGCGUCUUCUGUGAUGUUCACUCUAAUAUGCAGUGGGACGGCCUCUACUUCGUGUGUUUAGCAUUAUGCUGCCUACAUACUGCCUCUGAGCCACUGCGAUUUCCCGAGGACUACCGCUCGAAUGGUGUCAGGCGGAGACGGAGCGAUGACAAGGACAGCCUGGCGCUAUCCAGGGAGAUAUUUAGGAACAUCACCAAACACCUCCGGGAGAAUAUCAGGAGGGAAGGCGCCACGGACAGAAACGAACAUUUGUUACAGAAUAGGAUAGAAGAACCCCGUUACAAUGCUCCCUACCAGAGCUACCAUGACCACCACCACGAGCACCACUGGGGGCCAUACUUCGAAGACGAGAAGUACAUGGAAGUGACGGCCCAUGUGGGCUCUGAGGCCUUGCUCAACUGCAGGGUGGUGAUGCUCAAAGAUAAAACGGUCAUGUGGUUACGGAACACCACUGACUCAGCGACGCUGUUGACGGUGGGGCCGUCGCCUUACACCGGUGACAGCCGGAUAGCUGUCAAGUUCCAGUACCCAAACAACUGGAGGUUAAGCCUCAACCCGGUGACGAGGACUGACGCCGGGAACUACAUGUGCCAAAUAUCCACGCACCCACCAAGAACUAUAUUCGUUAACUUAACUGUACUACCUCCAGUUUUAACAAUAUACAGCGACCAAAACCACGAAGUGAAAGACCGGUUUUACAAGGCCGGGAGUUCAAUCAAACUGUCUUGCAUCAUAUCAGAAGAGUUUAUUACCAGUUUGCCUCUAAAAGUGUCAGCGACCACCCUCCCUCCUCCUACCACCACCACACCGUUAACAACGACAACGGAGUUGACAACUAGAAUGAGUACAGUAUUCAAUAGAAUAGAUUUAAUGAUGAACAAAAGUUGGAGUGUUGAAACGACGACUAUCACCUCCACAGUCAGCAUUAGUACCACGAAAGUGCCGGAGUUAACCAGCACUUUGAAAACGACUGUGAAACCCACCGCUCCGCCUGUAGUGAAUAAUAUUUAUGGGCUAGCGUGGAAAAAGCAAGGAAAAGACUACUUAGAUAAUGUUACUUUCCGCAACAUGAGCGCCACAAUCAGUGUGGCAUCUGCAUCACAAAAUGACAGCGGGGUGUAUACUUGCCUCCUCCAAAAUCACUCGCAAGUCGUCGUGAACGUUCAUGUUCUGAUUGGUGAGAACCAAGCCGCUGUGCACCACGACACCUGGAACAAAGGAACGCUUUUUUGGCAACCACAAAACAUUUGCUUGAUAUCCGCAGUAGCGUUCCUUUUAUAUUUCACUUGAAAUCAUUCAAAUUCUGAGACAAAAUCUUGUUUUAUAUCCUACCAAAUAUUGGCCAAGGCACCAAGCCCAAGUGGGGAAAAUGUUUUAAUAUUAAUGACUAUAAUGACCAUUGUGAGAUUAGCUUUUCCAUUAACUUUACAGCGAUUUAACACACUUACGGUACUUUACGGUAUACAAAAUCUUAUACGUCGUAAACUGUAUCAUACUCGAGUAAUACCUACUCAUUCCCAUUCAGUCCCGGCUCUUACAAUGCCACAAAAUAGAAUAUGGGACAAAACAAGGCUAAUAAAGAAACAUAAGAGAUUGGGUAUACGUGGGUAAGCAUCUUUUAUUCAAGGAAUUGGUGACGCGGAAUGAGUAUGAAUGUAUGACGUAGGUAAUUUACAAAUCAUGCCUAUGAUUACAUUUAGUUUG